CGCGUUCGCGCGGCGGAGGUGGCGCUGGAGGCCGUCUGGGGAUUGCGGGGCGACGGCGCUGCCGCCAUUUUGUAGGGUGUUUGUCGCAGCGACCGGACAGACGACGGCGGUUUGGAGACGUUUUUCGGCCAAACGGCCUUUUGCUCUCGCGGAGAUGCGGCAUUCUAAACGAACUCACUGCCCUGAUUGGGAUAGCAGGGAAAGUUGGGGACAUGAUAACUACUGUGGAAGUCACAAACGGAAGAGGAGAUCUCACAGUAGUACACAGGAGAACAGGCAUUGUAAACCACAUCACCAGUUUAAAGAAUCUGAUUGUCAUUAUUUAGAAGCAAGGUCCUUGAAUGAGAGAGAUUAUCGGGACCGGAGAUAUGUUGAUGAAUACAGAAAUGACUACUGCGAAGGAUACGUUCCUAGACAUUAUCACAGAGACAUUGACAGUGCUUAUCGGAUCCACUGCAGUAAAUCCUCAGUCCAGAGCAGGAGAAGCAGUCCUAAAAGGAAGCAUAAUAGACACUGUUCAAGCCAUCAGUCACAUUCGAAGAGCCACCGAAGGAAAAGAUCCAGGAGUAUAGAGGAUGAUGAGGAGGGUCACCUGAUCUGUCAAAGUGGAGACGUUCUAAGAGCAAGAUAUGAAAUCGUGGACACUUUGGGUGAAGGGGCGUUUGGCAAAGUUGUAGAGUGCAUUGAUCAUGGCAUGGAUGGCUUACAUGUAGCAGUGAAGAUUGUAAAAAAUGUAGGCCGUUAUCGUGAGGCAGCUCGUUCAGAAAUCCAAGUAUUGGAGCAUUUAAAUAGUACAGAUCCCAAUAGUGUCUUUCGAUGUGUCCAGAUGCUAGAAUGGUUUGAUCAUCAUGGUCAUGUUUGUAUUGUGUUUGAACUGCUGGGUCUUAGUACCUAUGAUUUCAUUAAGGAAAACAGCUUUCUGCCAUUUCAGAUUGAUCACAUCAGGCAGAUGGCAUAUCAGAUCUGCCAAUCAAUAAAUUUUUUGCAUCAUAAUAAAUUAACCCAUACAGAUCUGAAACCUGAAAAUAUUUUAUUUGUGAAGUCUGACUAUGUAGUCAAAUACAAUUCUAAAAUGAAACGUGAUGAACGCACACUGAAAAACACAGACAUCAAAGUUGUUGACUUUGGAAGUGCAACAUAUGAUGAUGAACAUCAUAGUACUUUGGUGUCCACGCGGCACUACAGAGCUCCAGAGGUCAUUUUGGCUUUAGGUUGGUCUCAGCCUUGUGAUGUUUGGAGCAUAGGUUGCAUUCUUAUUGAAUAUUACCUUGGAUUCACAGUCUUUCAGACUCAUGAUAGUAAAGAGCAUCUGGCAAUGAUGGAACGAAUACUAGGACCCAUCCCAGCACAUAUGAUUCAGAAAACAAGGAAACGCAAGUAUUUUCACCAUAACCAGCUAGAUUGGGAUGAACAUAGUUCUGCGGGUAGAUACGUUAGGAGACGCUGCAGACCACUAAAGGAAUUUAUGCUCAGUCAUGAUGAAGAACAUGAGAAGCUGUUUGACCUGGUUCGAAGAAUGUUAGAAUAUGAUCCAACUAAAAGAAUUACCUUGGAUGAAGCAUUACAGCAUCCUUUCUUUGAUUUAUUAAAAAAGAAAUGAAAGUCAGUGGUCUUACUAUGUGCUUCUCUAGAAGAGAUUUCCUUAAGACUGUGUCAGUCAGCAUUCUCAUAUUUUUGUAAACAUUAAAUUAUUUUGUACAGUUAAGUGUAAAUACUGUAUGUUUUGUAUCAGUAGCAUAAUUGCCUUGUUCAGCAAGUAUGGUCUU